AACUAUCCACUGCUUUUUAACUUUAUCUUCCAAAUUCUAUUGUUUUAUUUGAAUUUACUUUCACUUUCCACACACAACACCAAGAUAAAUAGGCAACCAUAUAGGUUUUCGUUUUACAAAACACUCAGCAAAUCAUUCAGAAAGAAAAAAACACAAAACAUGAGUGAGCUUCUCUACUCUUUACCCACUUGGGAUCUACAUAACCUUGGAUCACUCUUCAAGCCUGACUUCAAUCCUGAUGCAUGUGGAUACAUAAAUGGAUCGCCGCAACAUAUUUACAGAUCACCGGAGAUGGAUUAUUCCGACGUCUCCACAGGUUACCUUGAGGACGCACUUAUCGAGUCUUGUGAGAGAAGCAAAAGAAGACGUCUUUUGUUCGAGGAUCCAUCAAAAUCUCUUAACGAUGGCUACUUAUCGCAGAACGAUUGGGGCCUGCAUAAGAGUUAUAGCUGUUUGGAAAGUCAGUUUGUCACUCCACCUGUUAUCACAGAUGAACGUACGAAAGGAAAACGUAGCCUUGAGGAGCCGAUAAUGACCGAGUCUCCCGAUUUUUCUGUUUCUCCUGACAAAAUCUAUCUCCGAGAAAAAUCUAAAACCGAACCAUCUUCGUCUAAUUGUAGUAAUAAGAACAAAAUACUAGUCUAUCCAUUUGGAUUGGUGAAACCAGGUGGUCGAGAAGAAGACAUAACCCUAAAUGACGUAAAUAAGAGGAUUCUAAUGCCACCGGCUCGACCUGUUCGACAUCCCGUUGGAGACUUUGCCUCUAGACCGUGCAUCUCGACACAUGGGCCAGGUCUCUCCGGUAAAACCGUGGUGGCUCUUACUAGGAUCCAAACACAAGGAAGGGGUACAAUUACCAUAAUCAGAACUACGGGGUGAAUUAUUUAAUAUUAAUUAGUAGUCAGUUGUGGUUGUAUGUGUAAUAUAAUUGAGGUUAAUUGUAGAAUAGAAAGCCAAAGUAAUCAUUGGCUAUGAGAGAAACUUUCAAAUUUUGUAAAAAGAAAAUAGGGAGGUAAACUUCGAAAAAUGCUGUACAAUAUAACCGGUGGAUUUUUCAGAUAUGAACACUCACAUUACCUUCUUGAA